UUUGCUUUGAGGACAACGAGAAGAAUCAAUGGGCGCCGACUCGCAAGUUCCGCUUCGCUGGGGGUUCAUCGGCUGUGGCAAAAUUGCCAAUGAUUUCGUCAAUGCUUUGAAAGGGAUGGCCGGCGAGACCGCGAGGCUGUCGGCUUGUGCAGCCCGAUCGCUUGAAACUGCACAGCAGUUUGCUAAAACUCACGGUGUGUUCAUCAAGGGCGGUGAAUGAAUGUUUUAAUGUAGCUAAUCGAAUCGCAUCUCUAUUUUUUUUUUGCAGGCUUUGCUCACGCGUACGGCUCAUACGAAGAGCUGUGCGAGGACCGAGACGUCGAUGUGGUAUAUAUCGCCACCAUUCACCUCGUGCACUUCGAACAGAUUACACUGGCGCUAAAUCAUGGCAAGCACGUGCUGGUUGAGAAACCCAUGACAAUGAACGCCAAGCAGACGGCAUCAGUGGUUGAAUUGGCCAAGACGAAAAAGCUUUUCCUCAUGGAAGGUGUGUGGACACGCUGCUUUCCCUUCCUGAAGUUUGUGCGGCAACUACUAUCUGAAGGAAACAUUGGUGAUGUUCACCACGUCCACGGAGAUAUCGGCAUCCCGUACGUGAACUCCAAGAACGAAGCGAACUUUCGCAGUUCUUCGGGUGAUGGAGCGCUGCUCGGUAUCGGAAUCUACCCCUUGUCGUUCGUGACGAUGGUGUUCGGUACGGAGCCGUUGAAGAUCACUACCACUGGCAAAACCAGCUCGGGUGGGGCCGAUAUAUACGGCUCGGCCACACUCGAAUACAGUGGCAAUCGGAUCGGCACCAUAAAUUUCACGGCUUUGGCAACUCUGGGCAACUCUGUCACCAUCACGGGCAGCAAAGGCAGAAUUUGCAUCCCGGCUCCUGCUCACUGUGCCACAGAGGUCACCGUCACCCAGUUCCUCGAAGAUGGCACGCAACAAACCAAGACGAUGCAAUUUCCGUGGCCAACCCCGUCAACGAACAUUGCUACACCGUUCAAUUAUCCGGGAUCGGAAGCUCUUGUCUACGAAGCGGAGACGGUCACCAAGGCAAUUGGUAGUGGACAACUACAGUGCGAGGAGUACCCACCUGAGGAGUCCUUGGCUAUCGCGAAGUUCAUGGACGAGAUCCGAGGGGCUAUUGGAGUAGUCUACGCAGCCGACUCGGCGCAUUAAACUCCCGCUGGCUCGACUCCAGUGGCGUUGGACAGAUCGUUUAAAGUGAUUGGAAUAAUGGUAGUCGUUGCAUUUUAUCUGUGUGACGCGUAACUCGUGAUAACCCCCUGCAAACAACGCUACGCGGUAUCCUCUGUGCAAAGUUAGUGAGUCGCAACAACCCGCAAAAUAUCACCAAUUUGGCAACCAAAACACCGCCUUUCGUUUUUUGUUUUUGCGAUUUGUUGAUAGCAGCUCUGACUCACUAAUUUGCCUAAAAGUUAUUAAUACUAAG